GAGCUCAUCCGCUCUUACUUUUAAACCUCACGGAGAGAUGGACUAUAUUUGAGCUGUGAAGGAAAAACAACUCACCAUGGCAUUGCGCGCAUUUGCACCGCACCUUUGUGCGCUUCUCUAUUUAUUUGUCUUGGCCCUGGCGGUCGCGCAGCCUCAGAGGAGUCCCCCAAACAGAGCGGCUCUCCGGCAGACCCUGCAGUGGUCGCACAAUGGAAAGGUCUUUAGCAUUUUGAGUCAGGGCUCGGAGUAUCAGCCGGCCAGACGCAGGGGCGCCGCGCAGGAGCAAGUGCAGCCGAAGCCGGUCACCAUCAUCCGUGAUGGAGACGCUGGACAGCCGGACGCGCCGAGCCAGCAGCAGCAGCAGCAGCCCGUCCAGAGACUGGUCAGGGGUCCCGAGCACCGGCAGCAUCACCACCGUCCCCCUGUGGAGCGCACUGAGACCCAGCGGGACCCCAAAGUCAACGAAACUCAGGGACGGCUCAGCGUCAGUCCACCUCGACGUCGAAUCGAGGACAUGAUGGUGGGCGACGAUCCUUACGACCCGUACAAGUCCAUCGACCACGACAAUCCAUAUUACAACUAUUAUGACGCCUAUGAAAGACCCCGCUCGAGGUCCAGACCCAGAGCUGGAUAUGGCACAAGUUACCACCAGUACGGUCUGCCUGAUCUUGUGCCCGACCCGUAUUACAUCCAAGCCUCUGCCUACGCCCAGAGAGUUCCCAUGUACAACCUGAGAUGUGCUGCGGAGGAAAACUGUCUAUCGAGUUCAGCUCAUCGAGCUUCUGUCAGAGACUACGACACCCGAAUGCUGCUGCGCUUCCCACAGAGGGUCAAGAACCAGGGCACUGCUGACUUCCUGCCCAGCAGACCUCGCUACUCCUGGGAGUGGCACAGCUGUCACCAGCACUUCCACAGCAUGGACGAGUUCAGCCACUAUGACCUGCUGGACGCAUCCACCCACCACUCUGUGGCUGAAGGCCACAAAGCCAGUUUCUGCCUGGAGGACACGUCGUGUGACUACGGCUACCGUCGACGCUACGCCUGCACCUCACACACACAGGGUCUCAGUCCAGGAUGCUAUGAUACCUACAACGCUGACAUUGACUGCCAGUGGAUCGACAUCACAGACGUGAAGCCUGGAAACUACAUCCUCAAGAUCAGCGUAAACCCCUACUAUCAGGUGCCAGAAUCCGACUACAGCAACAACAAUGUGCGUUGUGACGUUCGCUACACUGGCAACUACGCUUACGUGUCAGGGUGUCACAUGUCAACGUACUAAAGCGCCGCAGACAUCUGCAUAAAUCCAAGUAUUGCAAGAGUGGUGGAAAGGAAUGCACAUAAAAAGGACAUAAAAAGGCAUAAAAUAUUUAAAAUACUUUCAAUAAAAACAGAAAUGAUUUUAUGUGAUUGCAUGUAUUGUGCACUAUGUUUCUUCAAUAUUGGAUUGUCUUUGUAUCAUUUUUCUUGGAUGUGGAUGUUGCAUUUGUCUUCGGUCCAUGUUUUUUUUUGUUUCCUCUCAAAUUCAGUGCACUAAUUAGUCACAGAAGAGGGGUUUUAAGGUGUUCUAAGGCAGGAUAUACAUUUGUAUUUUCAGUCGACAGGUGCUUAUUUGUAUUUACAUUUGAACCUGCGCCUUUGUUUUUCAUACUUCAGAGGCGGAAAUUUUUUUUUUUUUUUUCCCAAUCACAGUAAUGGAGAGGACGACUUGGCUCUUUUAAUAUGACUCGUGGACUGAAAUGGAUCUGUUUUGUUCAACUCAAAGACGCUCCACAUG